AUCAACUCUAAUAAUCACUACCUGUUUAGCUCCGGUUCUUUCCCAUUCGAGCUAUUCCUGAAUACCCACACUUAAAAAGCCUAUCUGGUUGACCACCUAUUCUUCUACUCCGAACACAUCGUUCUCACCCCCACCCACCAUGUCGAACUCAACGCAAUCCCACGAUAAGCCCGAAGCUUCGCAGCAACCCCAACAGCAGAAGCCCCCCGUGUUGGAGGAAGACGAUGAAUUCGAGGAUUUCCCCGUUGAAGACUGGCCACAAGAAGAAACCGAACAAGCGUCUGGAUCAGCGAACGGCGCUAAUGGUCACCUGUGGGAGGAAAGCUGGGAUGAUGAUGAUGCGGCCGAGGACUUCUCGAAGCAGUUGAAGGAGGAACUGAAGAAGGUCGAAGCAUCCCGUUAGUAUGCAGAGGGGCGUGGUAUCGGUUCGCGAGAUGAAUGACAGCUCAAUGAAUUAAUUGACCGUGGAAUUACAAUUAUAUCAAGACGAAACGCUAUACAUAACCU